AUGCCUCGCUACGAGCUGUCACUGAUCCUGAAAGCGAUGCAGCGGCCGGAGACGGCGGCGGCUCUUCGGCGGACGGUGGAGACCUUGUUGGAGCGGGGAGCAGUGGUGAGGAACCUGGAGAACCUCGGGGAGAGACAGCUGCCCUACAAGAUAACCAAACACAACGAGAGACACCGCCGAGGGGCGUACUUUCUUAUCGACUUCUACUCAGCGCCCAGUCUACUCACCGGCUUACUGGAUCACCUGUACCGAGACGUGGACGUGGUGAGGCCCGCCAUCCUGAAGAAGGACGACCAAGUUAAAACCAGUAAAACCAAGAGCUGCUGCGGCACCCAACACUGACUGAAUGUUUUCACCGCUUAUAUCCAGGAGUUGCCCAGUAUGACAUCUCCGUCUUAGACCCUUUCAUUAGUUGUUGGACUGCCUUUGGAGCUUAUGUUGUAAUAAACAACUUUUUUCUAUCA